AUGAAUUGGAAAACAGUAUCCCUGGAGCAACUCACACAUUCGAUGUGUGGCUCCCAUGCAGAACGGAUCUAAAUUUAGAUAGAAGGAUGUUUCUAAGAAUGUUCUUCCUACUUACGGGAUUAUCUUUUGUUAUAUCUGCACCUGUACAGAUGAACGCUAGAGAAAAAACAAGAAUAUUAUCAAUGAGGGACUUAAGGGACAAUCCAACACCAGAAACUGAGCUGCUGAACUCAACAUCGGAGGAGAAUUCUCUGAGAAACCUAAGCACAGAUUUUGAGACUAAAAGUCUGUCCAGUCGAAACACAGGCCUGUCGAAUUCUGUUAAGAUACAGGAUGAAUUUAUAGCAAGGUUAACUGAGGACUCUGGAACACAAUUAUUGGAACAGGAGCAUGAAGUGUCAAAGUUUAAGAGGAGAUUAGAGGAGUAUCUGACUCAAUAUCCUGAAGAUGAAAGGGAACAGCAGAGAUCAAGAUUGAUCCUUCUUUUAUACACGCUUAGAUUAAACCUCACGCGAGAACUUAUAAAUAGAAGGACUGCGGAAAGGGAUAGAAGAGCUAGACUCCUAUAAUUACAAAAAUGCUUUAGUGUACUCUACGUGCAAAAGAAAAUUCUGGAGUAUAUUUAGAAGUGUAUCUUGGAGUAUACCAUGGAGUAUACCUUGAAGUAUACUUUGGAACAUACCUUGGAACAUACCUUGGAAUAUACCUUCGAACAUACCUUGGAAUACACCUUGGAAUAUACCUUUGAAUAUACUUUGGAAAUACCUUGGAAUCUGGAGUACAUUUUGAAGUGUAUUCAGAAGCAACCCCGACAGUAUUAUUAUUUAUUAUUUAUACGAGGUGAAGAAUUCAGUUAAAUGUAUUUAAAAGAUCUCUAUCGAAAUAAAUAAAAAAUAUUCAUUUGAAUAUAGCUUAGUAAAGUAUACAAGGAUAAUAUUGAAUAUAAUUGGGGAAUUGGAUUAAGAUAGUGGAGUGAUUGCAAUCUUCCUUGUAAUGUAAAGAUUUGCAGGGUUUCUUAUAGAUAAUAAAUAAUAGUAUUAGAAUCUAAUAGCUUUAUAUACGUCUUAAAAAGGAAAGCGUAAAUUAGCAAAUCAUUUCUCAAGGCUACAAAGCUAUAUAUAUUGAGAAACUCAAUAAAAUGUCAUUUUUUAUUAUUAUUCAUUAUAUGU